AACAUAUAAACAAAAACAAAAAAUUUCACAAUGUUGGCUGUUAAGAAUUUCUUUUUACCUGAACGCACCAAAGCUCCGGAUACCCCACAACGCUUCUCCCGCAUGCCGGAAGCGUUUUUGCGCAGCAUUCGCCGGCGUUCGUUGCGCGUUAAGCGCGCCAAAAGUCUAGUCGUUCCCGAUCGGGAGAAAAGGAAAUCAGAUUCCUUUGUAAAUAGUCAAGAAUGGACGAUAUCACGUUCGGUGCCCGAUUUGCGUUUGGGCAUUGUCGGUUCCCUGAAUUCCGGUAAAUCCGCCUUGGUGCAUCGUUAUCUAACCGGUUCCUAUAUGCAAGAAGAAUCACCCGAAGGCGGUCGCUUCAAAAAGGAGGUAUUCAUUGAUGGCCAAAGUUAUUUGCUGUUGAUACGCGAUGAAGGUGGUGCACCCGAAAUGCAGUUCGCUGCCUGGGUUGAUGCUGUCAUCUUCGUUUUUAGUUUAGAAAACGAAUCCAGUUUUAAUACAGUCUACAAUUAUUAUACCAAAAUGGCACAUUUCCGCAAUGGCCAAGAUAUUCCCAUGAUAUUGGUCGGUACACAGGAUGCAAUUAGCGAGCGAAAUCCUCGGGUAAUUGAUGAUUCGCGGGCUCGCAAACUGGCCAAUGAUUUGAAACGGUGUUCAUAUUAUGAGACAUGUGCCACAUAUGGUUUAAAUGUGGAGCGGGUAUUUCAAGAUGCCUGUCAAAAAAUCCUCUCACAACGUUUACCCCUACCCGCAUCUGUUGUUACCUCAAGACCAACCACACCUCAAGGUGCCAACACCCGCCUAGGUAUUGCCUCCUAUCAUCACAAUAAUCCAAGCAGUAAUGGUAGCAGCAGCAAUGCCAAUGGCUUUUCCUCCAAUUCCAAUUCAUCAGCUAGCUCGAUGCAAAGUACAAGUGGUGCUGCCGCAGCUGGUGCUUCAGGAUCAAAUGCAGUAGCGGCUGGUAAUCUAACCUUACCUAAUCGCCAUCAUGUCCUCUCCAGUUCAACACAUCAUAUACCAAUGCGUAUGAGUGCCGAUUUUGUACAUAGUGAACAACAACAACAUAGUUUGCCCCCAACGGGACAAACGGCCCAAAAACUGUGGCAACAACACAAUCAACACCAACAACAAGAUUCACAACAUGUCCAACUGAGAUCUCAUCAUAAUCGUGAUCGGGAAUAUGCUUUAACAAAUGAAAACAACAACAUAACCAAAUAUAAUCCACAAGGUGCAGGUGGCGGAGUGGUUGGCGUACGUGAUUCGGCAUCGGCUGCUGAACAAUUGGCCCCGCUAUCGUUGGUGCCGUUGCGCGAAAAAGACUCUAAUAUGGGAGUGGGCGGCAAAGAUUUACCCACACCCACCUCAACGCCUACGGCCAGUCGUAAGUCGCGCAGAAGAUCAAAUCUCUUCAUACCCUCCUCAUCGAAAAAGGGUGAGAAGGAUAUGAAAAAUGGUGAGCUGGGUAGUGGCCGUUCCAUACCCAUUAAACAGGGUUAUUUGUAUAAGCGAUCGAGUAAAUCACUGAAUAAGGAGUGGAAAAAGAAAUAUGUCACGCUGUGUGAUGAUGGGCGCUUGACCUAUCACCCCUCGUUGCAUGAUUAUAUGGAUGAUGUGCAUGGCAAGGAGAUACCAUUGCAAUAUGUUACGGUGAAGGUGCCAGGGCAAAAGCCACGCGGCUCCAAGUCCAUCAUUACAAACAGUGCUUUGACCACAUCAAUGUUGUCCACAAAUAAUGGUGAGUCCAAAAAAACUCCGACUUCUUCGAAUUAAAAUUUUUAAUCCGCAUUUUUUUCUUUCUUUUCAGUUUUCGAACCCUUGAAGGAAUCCGCCGUCAAAUCGAACUCCUCCCAACAGACCAGUGGCGAUGAAGGCAUUGCCAUGUCCAAUUCCAAUUCGCAAACUUUCUUAGCCGUCCCCGGCGCCGAGACAUCACAACGUGAACUAUUAGCCGUAAAUGCUUCGAAUAAAUUGGAAGCCCAAACACCAAAUGUCAAGAAACGUCAUAGACGUAUGAAAAGUAGUAGCGUCAAGUCCAAUGAAAUUGAUGACUCUGAUGGCUAUGAAUUCUAUAUUGUUUCAUUGGACUCAAAGCAGUGGCAUUUCGAGGCAGCCAAUUCGGAGGAACGCGAUGAAUGGGUUGCGGCCAUUGAACAGGAGAUUUUCAAGAGCCUUCAGAGUAUAGAGAGUACGAAACUGAAACCGGCCACCACAAGUGAAUUGGCAUCGAUGGUAACGAUACGUACCCGGGUACCGGGUAAUGGUUAUUGUGUUGACUGUGAUGCACCAAAUCCUGAAUGGGCCAGCUUAAAUCUGGGUGUCUUGAUGUGCAUUGAAUGCUCGGGUGUCCAUCGCAAUUUGGGUUCUCACAUUUCCAAAGUCCGUUCAUUGGGUUUGGAUGAUUGGCCUGCCGGCCACUUAAGUGUCAUGCUCGCCAUCGGCAAUAGCUUGGCUAAUUCCGUUUGGGAAGCUAAUACACGCCAAAGAACCAAACCAAAACCAAAUACAUCACGCGAGGAGAAAGAGGCCUGGAUCCGAAGUAAAUAUGAGGCCAAGGAAUUUCUACCAUCACCAAAUACAAAUACCAAUGCCACACCGGGUCAACAAUUAAUUGAAGCUGUGAUUAGAUCCGAUAUGAAAUCGAUUGUCUUAAUAUUGGCCAAUUCCACACCGGAAAUAACCAAUGCCAAUGUUAGUCCUAGAGAUGUUAGGACACCAUUACUAUUGGCAUGUGCCAUUGGAAAUUUGGCAAUUGCUCAACUUUUGAUAUGGAAUGGUGCCAAUAUCAAACAUACCGAUCAUGAGGGUCGAACCUGUUUGGCAUAUGCCCGGGCAGCCCAAUCAUUGGCCACAGCCAAGUCAUUGAAGGCGGCUGCUGCAGCAGCUGCCGCGGCUUCUGCUGCUAGCAAUAAUUCUUCUAGCUUGGCCAGCAAUACAUCAUCAUCGUCCUCAUCGAUAUCGCAGAGCACCUCAAAUAAUACCAAUUCGGCUUCAAUGGCCUCAGCAAAUAAUAGCAGUAAUUCUACAGCAGCAAAUCAAUCUCAGCAAUCAUCAUCCUCCACAACAAAUGGUGGCAUUCCAGCACCCCAUUACAGUGUAGAGGAAACUACCGCCUUGGUUGAGCUACUAACAGGGUUGGGUUGUCCCGAAUCGGCACCGUUGACCGCAAGUGGUACCUUGCCACGACGAAGAGACACAUUGGGUACACCCUAUGAGAAAACUGUAUCAGGCGUUAUAUAAGAAAAAAAUUUUGAAAACAAAAAUUAUAUAUAAAUAAAAAAUAUUAUUAUUAGUCUUUAGGUUUUAUAUAGGAUCAUUAUUAUUAUAUUAUUGAAGGUAGUUUUUAACAAAACAAACAACACGCUUAGCUUAAAAAUGCUAUAAAACAAACAAACCGGAAAUUAUGUUUUUUA